UCUCCUUCUGAAUUCGAGGAAAAUGGCGGACCAAUCAAAAUGCUUAAAUUGAAGAUUAUUGGGCUGCGUUCGAGGAGACGCUAUUAGAAUAACUCUACGUAGGAUUUGUCGACGAUUCCUGUAGACCCUCAAAAAAUCAUUUUCUGAAUAUAAUAGACUUAUUACAAAAUGUCGUCUCUAACUAAACCAAAAUCUGAAAUGACGCCUGAGGAGUUAGCGAAAAGAGAGGAAGAGGAAUUCAAUACCGGGCCUCUUUCAGUUCUCACGCAGUCAGUCAAAAACAACACACAGGUGUUGAUAAAUUGCAGAAAUAAUAAGAAGCUUCUGGGACGAGUCAAAGCAUUUGACAGGCACUGCAACAUGGUUUUAGAGAAUGUAAAAGAAAUGUGGACGGAACUCCCACGUACAGGAAAAGGCAAAAAAAAGGCAAAACCAGUAAACAAAGACAGAUUUAUCCCAAAGAUGUUUUUACGUGGAGAUUCUGUCAUUCUGGUUUUAAGGAAUCCAUUGGCAACUGCAGCAGGGAAGUAAUAAAUUAUAACUCUUCUAUAUAUUGAAUAAAUUAAGGAUAACUUUAAAAAAAUUGUACAAGAUUAAGAUUACAUUGAUAAUAAAUACUUGAAAUAAAACUUUUAAGUACGGCCGCGUAAA